CCGAUCCACCAAUGUUCACAGCUCGGCCGGAGCCCGUCGUCUUCCCGGCUCCAGAUCCACGGGAUUUUUAGCUCUCCUAACCGCCCCACAUCGGGACAGGACCGCGCUUAAGGGGGAAAAUGUCUAGUGACAGGCAGCGAUCAGAUGACGAGAGUCCGAGCACCAGCAGCGGCAGCUCGGAUGCAGACCAGAGAGACCCGCCGGUAGCCGAACCAGAGGAACAAGAAGAGAGAAAACAGCCCACAGCAACCCAACAGCAGAAAAAGAAUAAUAAAUUAUCCAGCAAAACGACAGCCAAACUGUCUACCAGCGCUAAAAGAAUUCAGAAGGAGCUAGCUGAAAUCACCCUGGAUCCUCCUCCCAACUGCAGUGCGGGACCCAAAGGAGACAAUAUAUAUGAAUGGAGGUCCACCAUCCUGGGUCCUCCUGGCUCAGUCUAUGAGGGUGGAGUCUUCUUCUUGGACAUCACCUUCUCCUCAGACUACCCCUUCAAACCACCAAAGGUGACGUUCCGCACCAGGAUCUACCACUGCAACAUCAACAGCCAGGGCGUUAUCUGCCUGGACAUCCUGAAGGACAACUGGAGCCCCGCCCUCACCAUCUCCAAGGUGCUGCUGUCCAUCUGCUCCCUGCUCACAGACUGCAACCCAGCGGAUCCCUUGGUUGGAAGCAUAGCGACUCAGUACCUGACCAACAGAGCGGAACAUGACAGGAUAGCCCGACAGUGGACCAAGAGAUAUGCUACAUAAGCCGCGGGUCCGUCCCUUAUCCCCCCACCACCCCCGCCCCCCCACCUGCUGCCGUGUAAAGAUCCCCGAGGCAACUUUACAACGUGAAACAAAUCUUUAUAGCCUUUACAACUCGGACUUCUGUGUACAUGUUAUACUGAUUCUGCUCUGUGCUUUUACCCUGGAAGACUGCGAGACACCCCUGAAGGUGAAGGCAGCCGGAGUAGAGUUUUGUAGCUGUAGAUUUAGUUAUGUAUAAAUGCCUACUUGCAAGUCUUGCUUCUUUGGGAUAUAAAAAUGUAUUUUGUGAUGUAAUAAGGAAAUUGUUCCUAAAGUCAACCAAAUAUUAUGGUGCAUUUUAGCCUAAUCCAUUAUCUGUAUGAAGUUUAAAAAAAAAAAAGAACCUAGCUGUAGAUUAUUAGGAAUCCUGUCAUUUAUAUGAAACCCAGAUCCAUUUCCAGUUAUGUGGUACAUGCUGUUGUGAACUCUGUUUUACCUUUGUCGGUUUGUAAUGAAGAGAUUUCAUUGAAGCUUUUGUAGCCCAGCGAAGGUGUGUCACCACUGUAACAUCCCCAAACACAAUAAACUCCUCCCCCAGGGCCAGGUGUGCUGUGUAAACUCAUGGAUGACUGACACUGACCGCUGCCGUGCAAAUACCUCAGACAGUAGGCCA